CCCAACAACACAGAGAGAAUGCACAGAGUUUGUUUUUUGUACAAACAAACAGAAAAUCGAUGAGGGUAAAAAACAUUUAUUUUCAUGAUUGAGGGUGGACUAAGCUGAACAAGUCUCAUAUUACAGUGAAUAUGAAUCAGUCUUGACAAUAAAACAGACAGCCUUCGCCUGAUUCGUCACGUCUUAAACAAUGUGGCUGGAUAUGGUCAUGUCUGUGUUGGAAUCUUGCGAAUAAGGUUUGGAAACCCAACGCUUGUUUUGGCAGCGUUCACAUCAACUGGACUGUAGACAGAAUAGAAAGGAUGACACAGAUUUUGGCACUGAACAUCGGGAAGCUGCUAAGACGCUGCCAUAUUGUGCUGAAAGCCGGAGAGCUGCAGAGCAUUUCUUGUUUUUUUCCUCAUGAUCUCUUGUGGUGAGAUUAAGAUCUUGGCAUCGUUAUCAUUUUAUCUGAAAGCAUAAUCAGGACUAGAAUAAAAAAAUCAGCUAACGAGGAAGGCGGGACGAGAACCAUGAGGCGGGGCCGGUGGCGUGAGUGAUAGUGGGAAUCAGCUGUGUGAGCAGAGGAAUUCGGGCAGCGAGGGCGAGGGAUGUCCGCCAGUGGCUGCCCGAGGCGGUGGUGCUGGACAGAGACCUUGCUGCCGUGCUCCUGGUGGGAUGGCAGCCGUAGAAGAUGGAGCGGAGGAGUUGUCGCCGUUUGCCGUGGGCCGGAGCCUGCUGCCGUCCGCCCUGAAAUGGGGAAGAGCAGGGAACGGGAAACUAGCUGCCGACUACCCUCAGCCAGAAUGGUCACCGGCAGGAGGCGGAGGAGGAUUGGGCCGGUGGUACCCCCUGGGUUGUGAGGGGUGAUGGGGGUAUGUAACGAGGAAGGUGGGAUGAUAGCCGUGAGGCGAGGCCGGUGGCGUGAGUGAUAGUGGGAAUCAGCUAUGCACACUCCGGCCCCGCAUAUCUCACAGAGGAGAUUGGUAGCAUGAGAGGACGAGCGACAUAAUUACGGACAAGAGAGGACCAGGCCCCGGACACAGAUACGUCUAUAUUUAUGUUUACCAUAUCUGAAAGAUGGAUGUGAGUUCAAAACAACUGGCUCCACUGACUUGUCUGCUCUUCAUGGUCUGCUGUUGUCAUGGUGGAAAUGUCUUGGUGUUCCCUGAGGAUGGAAGUCACUGGGUUAACAUGCAGGUCAUUCUUAGAAAGCUCCACACGCAUGGCCAUAGCAUUACUGUGGUGCGAUCAUCUAAAAGCUGGUACAUCCAAGAGACUUCUUCGAUCUACAGCACAAUCACCAUCAACCCUUCGAAGACAGAAGAUGUUGGACCCGAUUUAUUCAAGAUGCUAUUAGAGAGGACGCUAGUUUUGCAAAAGAUGUCACCUCUCAUUCGAUUCAUUAACCAGCAGAAAGAUAUAGCCAACAUUUUAAAGGUUUUUCACAAUGGUGCGCUUCAUAUGAUUUCUGCUAUAUUGGAAGAUGCAGCUCUUGUUGAGCAUAUGCAUGAUGCUAAGUUUGAUCUGCUGCUAACAGACCCUGCUUUUCCUGCUGGUGUCCUCUUAGCCAAUUUUCUCCACCUCCCCAUGAUUUACAAUGUACGUUGGCUAAAUGCAGGAGAUGCUCACAUGGCAAUUGCUCCAUCACCCCCAUCCCACGUACCGAUGUAUAACUCAUUGCUCGAUGACCAAAUGAACUUCCUGCAGAGAACUGAAAACUUCCUGCGUUAUCUUUUCAGCCUUCUUCAGGAGCAUUGUAUCAUAGUGCCAAUUUACAGAGAGCUGCUUGAGCAUCACUUUCCCCCAGGCACAGAUCUUCUGUCUUUGCAGCAAUCUGCUGACAUUUGGCUAAUGAGAGUGGACUUUGUUUUUGAGUUUCCACGCCCCACCAUGCCUAACGUGGUAUACAUGGGCGGAUUUCAAUGUCAACCAGCUCAACCACUUCCUGUGGAGCUUGAAGACUUCCUACAGAGCUCCGGGGAACACGGAGUGGUAAUCAUGUCACUGGGAGCUACGGUUGGUAGACUCCCUAAAGAGCUCAAUGAGGUCAUUGCUUCUGCCUUCGCUAAGAUCCCUCAGAAAGUUGUGUGGAGGUACCACGGAGAUCCACCCUCGUCUCUCGGAAACAACACUCUUCUUCUACAAUGGUUUCCCCAGAAUGAUCUCAUUGGCCAUCCGAAGACUCGAAUGUUUGUAUCUCAUGGGGGUACUAAUGGUAUCUAUGAGGCUAUUUAUCAUGGAGUCCCUGUUUUAGCUCUGCCACUCCUCUUUGACCAGUUUGACAAUGCUAUGCGACUACAGGUUCGAGGUGCGGCCUGUGUGCUUCAAGUCGCAACUCUGACAGAAGUAGAAUUUCUUGAAGCCCUCGAAGAUGUCCUUGAAAACCAUGCAUACCUAGAUAACAUGCAGAAACUGUCAGAGCUGCACCGUGAUCUGCCCUUGUCUCCUCUUGAUACUGCCACUUUUUGGAUUGAGUAUGUUAUGAGACACAAAGGGGCACCACACCUUCGCUCAAAGGGUAUUAACAUGGCUUGGUACUCUUACCACAGCCUUGAUGUGAUGGCAUUUCUUCUGUUAUUCCCGGUGAUUGCUCUUUGGGUUUCAGUAUAUGUAUGCAAGCUUUUGUGUUGCAGGAAGUCAAUCAAAAAGAGGAAGAUGGAUUGAUUUAAGCUUAAUUUAUGAGUGUGAAAAAACGUUGCAGGUAAACUCAAUUGUGCCCUAAAAGUGAUAGUGAUAGCCUGUCAUCAGUCAAUCUCUCUUGUCAUUUAAAACCUGUAUGACUUUCUUUUGCAGGAUAUGUUUUAGAGAAAUGUUGUAAUGGUGGUACCCAUUCAGUUCUACUUUAUGUGACCCUAGAUCACAAAACCAGUCUUAUGUAGCACAGGAACAUUUUUAUUAAAAGACAAAAAUACAUUGUAUGGAUCUAAAUUAUUGAUUUUUCUUUUGUGCCAAAAAUCAGUAGGAUAUUAAGUUAACAUCAUGUUCCAUGAAGAUAUUUUGUAGAAAUAUAUCAACUUUUUGAUAUAGUGGAUGGUCUGCCAUAGUGCCCCUGAUUAACAACUUCAAAGGCAAUUUUCUCAAUAUUUCGUUUUUUUGGCACUCUCAGAUUCCAGAGUUUUAAACUGUUGUAUCUCAGCCAGAUAUUGUCCUGUUCUACCACUCAUACAUCAACAGAAAGCUUAUUUAUCUAGCUUUCAGAACAUAUAAUCAUGUCCAUUUCGAAAAAUUUACCCAUAAGAAUGGUUUUGUUGUCCAGUGUCACAAAUGGACACAAAACCAAUGCAGGUCAAUGGGUACCGCUGUUAUUUGGUUGCCAACAUUCUUGAAAAUAUCUUCUUUUGUGUUCUGAAGAAGAAAGAAAGUCAUACAGAGGAUGAAAUGAAAAGAGGGUGUCUAAAUGAUGACAGAAUUGUAAUUUAAGGACUAACUGUCCCUUGAGCCUUUCGAUGUUCCUGUAGCUCAAUAGGUAGAGCAUUGAUAAUAUAUACUUAGUUUUGAUAAUAUAUAUUCCUGGAAUUCAUUGUUUGAAUUGGUUUGGAUAAAGUGAUUGUAAUAAGCAUAUUUAAUUAUAAUAAUAAUUACAAUCAACACCUUUCAAGGUAAAGUGUGUAAAAUCUGUAUCAUUAAUAUGCCAAUGGUGUGGCAAAAACAUAACCAUAUUAUUGAUAAAAAACUGACACAAUUCAUCUAUAAAUUAGCACGCUAACUUAAAAUCUACAAUAAAUUCAGUUAAUUUAACAAGAAUAGCUAGAUAGCACCAGCAACAUUUAUGAGACUCCGCAUUAUCAGUCUUUUAGCUGUGUGAAAACAAUUGAAAAAUAUUGUUUUAAAUAUUUGGUAUUAUUUUCAUUUAGUUUCUACAAUUCCAAUACUUUUGAGUAUGAUUUUUACUACAUAAAUCAUUAUUUUGAAUAAUAAUGCAUAACUAUUCUUGUAUUUCUUCAUUUAAUUUGUAUAAACUGUAUGCAAAAUCUAUCAUUUGUGUUAUCGUUACCAUCUUAUCUUUUAAAGCCUACACCCUGUAUUUAUUCUUAUCAACAUAGUAUAAUGCCUAUAAAGAGGCCAAAAAGAUUCAUUUCCAUUUUAGCCUUGACACUACUCUCACUGUGAAUGUGUUAGCAAUCAUCAUUAAAAGUUAAAAUGGAAACUG